CCUCCAACCAGCCCAGCAUGCUUUUUGGGUAAAGAAGCAGACUAUCAAGAUGAAGCAGAAGCUCCUGGUGUCUGUCAUUUACUGGAGGGCCACCCAAAACUGCAGAAGGUCAUAAUCCCGCUCCGUUUAUGAGUCCAGCGAGUCUGGUGGUCAGUUCCACCGUAGAGAAGAACUGGAAAGUCGGCCUGGAAAUUGGCAACAUUCUAAGCAGGAUGUAACUGAUGUUGGCUGGAACUAACUCCAAACUCACUGAGUAUUCGAUGGCAAAGACCAAAAAGGACAAGUUCAGCUUCAUUAAACAGUCUACAUCCUGUAAACACUACAGGUGAAACUCGGUGGAGCUGUGCAAUCUGUGACCAGUGCCAAACAAUGCAUGGCUACUCGACAGGACCUCAGGAUGGAUGAGAUCAAAUCAUGUCUGGACGUUGAGGCAUAUGCAAGUGUAAUGGGGAGGAUCAGCAUAGACACAGCAUACCAUCACUGUAAACAGAGCAAAGACAAAACAACUGAGCACGCACAGGAAAGAAGAGAAUCUAUACACCUUAGCUGAAUCCAUUUUGCAGGAAUGUGGGCCGGGCUUGUUAUUUAUCUCUUUCUGCCCAUCGUGCAGUCAUGCACUAAAGGUAAACCGAAUGAAUGUGCAGAAGCAAACUUCGCCCCCGGGUCCAACCUGGCCGGAGAAGGAUACGAUGUGACCAAGAUGCAGCGCAAGGGAGCCUUUGUCAUUGACAUGGAUGUCUGGAGGCAAAAUGAUAAAUCAUGCUCUCUUUGCAAGAACCCCUACAUGGAAGGAGCUAAUCAAAAGCUUCCUACAUCUGUGGUAGACUGGAGAGCCAGCAAGAAGUGCAGCAUUCAAGUAUCAAGUUCCCUGUACCAAUCCAGUGAGGAACUGGUCAGCUCCAGCACUUCCUCCAUUGAGAACAACUGGGGUACAAAUUUGGAUAUAGAAACUGACCACAAUACAGGGGGGAAAUUCAUUUUGGCUGGAACUAAAUCGAAGCUUGCCGAGUACUCAAUGGAGAAGACCAAAAAAGACAAGUACAAUUUUGCCAGUCAAAGUGUUUCCUGUUCAUUUUACAGCUACAGGGUCUCCAACAUGCCUGUUCUCCAUCCUGAGUUCAAGCGCUCUGUGAAGGAGCUUCCUAAGAUAUACAAUCUUAAUUUCAAAAACCGUUUUUACAAGUUCAUUAACACCUAUGGAACCCAUUACAUCACUAAGGUAACUCUUGGUGGGAGUGUACACUCUGUGACCAGUAUCAGACAGUGUGAGACCGCUCUGCAGGGCUUAAGUACUGAUGAAGUGAAGACAUGUUUGGAUGUGGAGGCAAGUGCCAGCGUUCUUGGCAAAGUAGAUAUGAAAUCAGAAACUAAGCACUGUAAUGAAGACAAGGACAAAACAGAGAGCAAAAGCAGCUUCUCCAGCCGCUUCAAUGACAGGCUGACCGAGGUGACCGGAGGUCACACUACAGAACCUGAGCUCUUAUUCUCGGGAGGAAAAGACCCAUCAGCUUACAAAGAAUGGCUCGAGUCUCUACCACAAAACCCAGACAUGCUUUCUUACUCUCUGGAGUCCCUGCAUGAGCUGAUCUCCGAAAAAGAUCCAGUACGCAAACACUUGCGCCAAGCCAUCCGUGACUACAUCCUGGAAAAUUCCCUCUUGAAGAACUGCACCGACUCCUGCAAAGACGGCGUCAAAACCAACCCAAAUGACCCAUGCGUCUGCACUUGUCACAACAAUCCUGGGAUCACAUCAGACUGCUGCCCGUCUAAGCGUGGACUUUCUCGGGUAACGGUCACGAUCGUGAGGGCUCAAGACCUGUGGGGUGACACGACCACAGGGACCGAUGGGUACGUUAAAGUGUUCGACAAAAGUAACAUUCAGGUUGGCCGCACUGAUAUGAUCCUAAAUAACAACUCACCCCACUGGGGGAGAACCUUUGAUUUGGGUGAUGUUGUCCUGGCAGAGAAUGACAAGAUAAAAUUCGAGGUGUGGGAUGAAGAUAGUAAAUGGAACGACGAUUUGCUGGGAACCUGUGAAGUACCCAUAAAAGCAGGUCAGAAUGACAAUUUCUGCACUUUAAAUCACGGUCUGCUGUUCUACAAAACAGAAGUGACGUGUGCCCCAAGUUUGUCUGGUCCCUAUUGCGCAAACUAUGUCGGUUCACCCAUGAACUUUCACCUGGAGAAGACAUACGUAUCUCGAAAUGCACGACCUGUGCCAGCAGAAAUACUGAUGAGCAAGGGAGUACUUCUGGAUAAACUUUACGUAUAUCAAAAGACAAAUUACAAUGCUAAAACUAUUCUGUAGAAAGUUUUGGCUUCAGAUCUUAUUAUGCGGCUAUUCGCAAUAUACCUUUAUUCUCGCUUUUAUUUAUCACUAUUAGAAAAACAUAUUUAAUAUAACUCUUUAAUAUUUCUUAAAUUCGGAAACGAUGUGUAAUACAUAUUAUGCUUGCAUAUAUCUUUAUUGCAGUUGCAAUUUUUCGAAACAUCGUAUACAUUGUAACUACUGCGUUAUGCUCUUUCAUUCUACACAUCAUUUAAUUGAAAUUAAUAUUAUUUUAAGUAGCAUCAUUUCAUAGUCUUCACAAGUAAUUUUAUGAGUCACUAUGGCACUUCAUUUUAUUGUGUGUAAAAACAAUCUAUAACUAAUAAUGCAUUGCUUUGCGUUAUUAAAAGUUCAA